GUGGCGCAUUCCAAUAAGCCAACAGAAUAUGCCCAACACUCAAUCAGGAAGAUUCCUCACUCGUUCGCAUCUCUUAUUAUUUUCUCUGAAACUGGCAUGCACCUCCUAUUCGCUGUUAAUAAAUUCAUUUGUAUAUGAUCUGUUUAUAUAACUGAAUUCAACUGCCUUUUCCUUUUAUUUUCAUAUAACAUUUGUGACCCAACUCACCUUCUCUUCUUUCCUUCUCAGCUCAUCUUCUCAGAUUUAAACAAUAAAUUGGGUUGCUGUGGAUACACUUCUUCCGCUGCCAGCAAAAACUUGCUGGCAGUCCAAUUUUCUGAACCUAUAUAUCCAGACAAUUUUUAUGAGUCCCCAGAGUACACUGAACCCCAGUAGGGCCCUAGAAGGUGUGCAUGGGGUGCAUGUGGUGCCUCAUUCACCCUUUGUAUCGGAAGCGACUGAUCAAGAUGGAAACUUUCCUAAAUCAUCUUAUGGAAAUUCGGCUUUUGGAUUCAGUCAGAUGUUGUUAAUGCAACGGGUAUGGCAGCAAAGGCCGCCAUGUUUGAGGCCCAUCCAGGGUUGCACUCACGGUGAUCAGAAUCUUCUGGAAACAGUUGCUAAUGUGCUCACUUCACUUCCUUUUAUAGUGCUUGGAAUUCAUGCCCCAAGGAAAAAUCUGAGCUGUAAGUUAUAUGCAAAUUCCUUAAUUGGAGUUGGAGUUGCCUCAAGCUUGUACCAUUCUUCAAGGGGAAGGUUGAGGAAAUAUUUCAGAUGGGCCGAUUAUACAAUGAUUGCCACGGCAACAGUAUGUCUCUCAAGAGCUCUCAGAGAGGAAAACCCCAAAGUGUUGAUGGCCGCUUCUGCGCUGUUUCUACCUUUCCAGCCUCUAAUGGUUUCAGCUGUUCACACUGGGAUGAUGGAGGUAGCUUUUGCGAAAAGAGCAUUGAAAGAUCCAGAUUUAAGAGUGGCCCAUAAUGUUCAUAAGAUGUCAUCGCUGCUCGGAGGCGUGCUUUUCAUCGCGGAUGACGUGUUUCCUACAACCCCAUUUCUUCACGCCGGAUGGCAUCUUGCUGCGGCUGUUGGCGUUGGAACCUGCAAUAAGCUUCUUGAGUAGUUACUCAAGCUUCAACAUAUAAUAUAUUCAUAAUCUUCUGAUUAUCCAGAGAACUAGCCAAAGAUCAAAAUUGUGAUGGAGGUAGGGGUCAUCGGUCAUGACCAUUAGUUAGUAUAGAGAAAAGGAGAAGGUUUCAUUCUUUUGGAUGAGCUGAUUGGUCAAUUAUAUGGGUCCAACCCACUUUUCUUAAGAUGCAGUAAUGUACGUACAAUAUAUGUUCGAAAAAUUCGCAAUGUAAUUAAUUAGUUGCGGAAUCCUUUUGAAUCACUAAUGUGGUGAGAUAACUACAUACUUAAUUGCAAUCUCAACAUGUAAAUCUUAAGUAGAAGCAGAACCUCAGUUUUUCGGUGAAGCGCACUUUAAAAAUCAUCAGAUUUUAU